GACGUAGAAUUUUCAGAAUAAUGUUGAGACCCGUACACAAAUUGAUUGUUACAUACAUAUGAAUAUGAUACACGCACAAAUUCAUUUUCCAAAAAUAACAAUUACCCAUUAAUUUUGAGCUGUAAUCUUGUUCAACAAAACGAAAGCCGUUCAACAAUGGAUGUCGAUCCGAGACAGUACGAGAACAUCACAAUUAACGACAAUGACAGCCACAAUAUCGUCUUAUCGUAUCUUAUACAUGGAUGCUUUAAAGAUACUGUGGAGUCGCUUGUUGCUUCUACUGGAUUAAAAGUACCUGCUGUUCAGCUGGAAGACAUGGAGAAAAGAAAACGAAUUUUACACUUUGCAUUAGAGGGCAAUGCGUUGGAUGCUAUUGCUUUGACAGAACAUGUUUCACCUGACCUACUUGAAAAUAACAAGGACCUGCUUUUUGAUCUUUUGAGCCUUCACUUUGUUGAACUUAUCUGCUCAAGGAAAUGCACAGAAGCUCUUGAAUUCGCUCAGGCCAAGUUGACCCCUUUCGGGAAGGUGCAAAAAUACGUUGAGAAACUUGAAGAUUUUAUGGCCCUACUAGCGUACGAGGAACCAGAAAAAUCACCAAUGUUUCAUCUACUUAGCUUUGAGUAUCGACAACAUGUUGCAGAUAGCUUGAACAGAGCAAUUCUGGCACAUGCAAACAUGCCAAGUUAUUCAGCAUUAGAAAAGCUAAUUCGGCAGGCAACUGUAGUUAGACAAUGCUUGAGCGAAGAACUCGGAAAGGACGUGCAAUCAGCAUUCUCGUUAAAGGAAUUCCUGAAGAGCUAGAUGUGCAACAUUCGUUUGUUUAAAUUUUCGGUUUGAUUUAUGUAUUAUGGGUUUGGUAUGUUGUAGUAGGCGUUCAUUCUCAAACGGGUUGCGGUUUUUAGCCGAGAUCUCUUCCUAACCCAACUCAACUCUCUUGGCUCUGUGCCUGUAUAAAAACCCUUGUAGUUUUGAUCAUGUAUUUGGAAGAAUACUUUCACCGAUACUUCAAAUGUAAAGAUUCAUUUGUAAAACACACUCUCUCUUUGAUUUUUUGCCUUCAGAA